GUUGAGGUGGGAGGUGUGUGAGGGAGGAUUUUUUUUUUUCCCACCUCGUUUUUUUUUAUGAAUGAAACUCGGCAUCCGCGCUGGCUGUGCUCUAAAAUUAGCGCAGCUGCAGCAUGUGAUGUGGAUCGGAAUCCGAAAUUAUAACCUUUUUUUUUUUUUUGGUGGGGGGGCAAACGCGCACACACAUCUCUGCGCGCUCACGUCCACGCCGCCGGUGAAUAGAACAGCAGCUACAGCGCUGCGCCGUGCCCCGGGACGUCAUGCACCAUUUUUGGAGACGCUCUAAAAAUAGAACGAGGUGAAGAUGGUUCGGACUGUAAGAAAAACUAGAACCUUGGACUCUGCGUUGCAUUUGACAGCUAUGGUUCUCUCCCUGGCCGCCGUCGCAACAGCCAUGAGCAGCGGCGGUGGUAACGGCUUCAACUCUUCCUUCCCACUCGACCAAUUUGACUCCUCGACAUCUUGGAGCGUAAGCGAGGACCCCUCCAAUUCGUCUUCAGAGCCCUUUCUGCGAACUCUGACUCCGGACCUCCAGCCAGCGACCACUGCCGGCGUUGUGCAGGAGGUCAGCCCUUGGGAUAUUGCACUGUGCGUCACAGGGACAUUCAUCUCCUGCGAGAACGCCUUGGUCAUCGCCGUGCUGUUCUACACACCAACGCUCCGUGCUCCCAUGUUCAUCCUUAUUGGAUCACUAGCCGUGUCAGAUCUCCUGGCCGGUCUGGGCCUCAUCUUAAACUUUAUCUUCACCUAUUUGAUAGACAACUCGGUGGAAUCUGUGACGUUGCUGUCGGUUGGACUGCUCAUCUCAGCCUUCUCAGCAUCUGUCUUUAACAUCCUUGCCAUUACGGUCGACCGCUACCUGUCUCUGUAUAAUGCCCUGACCUACCAUACUGAGCGGACGGUCACUUUCACCUACAUGAUGGUGGUUUUCAUCUGGGUGACAUGUGUCACUCUGGGCCUGCUGCCGGCGCUCGGAUGGAACUGCCUGAAGGACUCGUCUACGUGCAGCAUCUGCCGGCCGGUCACCAAAAACAAUGCAGUGGCGCUCGCGGUCACCUUCCUUCUUGUCUUUGCCCUGAUGAUGCAGCUCUAUCUUCAGAUCUGCAAAAUCGCGUUACGCCACGCCCAGCAGAUUGCAGUGCAACACCAGUUCAUGGCUAUCUCCACCACCAAAGGGGUCUCCACGUUGUCGGCCAUCCUGUGUGCCUUUGGGGUGUGUUGGCUGCCAUUCGCCAUGUACUCCAUCGUGGCUGACUCCAGCUACCCCAUGAUAUACACCUACGCCACAGUCCUCCCAGCCACGUGCUGCUCUGUGAUCAAUCCCGUCAUCUAUGCUUUCCGGAACCCGGACAUACAGAAGUCACUGUGGAUGGCUUGCUGUGGGUGCGUCCCAUCCAACCUCUCUCUACGACCCAGGACUUCCAGUGACGUGUAGCAAGAAAAGUUGGGGUCUAGGCUGAUGCAAAACAACGUGUCGGUGUAAAAGAAACAACAGCUUGGGAUGAGAAAGAAAAGAAGGCUUGGCUCUCCCCAUCAUAUCAGGGCUGGAAAGCUGAUGACCAAUGCUGAGCUGGCCAAAGUCGAACAGGCACUGACAGAUGACUGAGAGGAGGCAUGGUCAAAAAAAGAAGGAGCUAAUAAAGACCAUGUCCUGUUUUUAGCCUGGAGAACAACCAACUGCAGGAUGGCAGCAGCAGGAAACCAACUGCAAAAUCGUGAUUGAAGGUAUCUUUUAAAACUCUCUCUUUCUUUGGGGAUGAGAGAAGUGAGGCCUCUCAUGAGUAGCAUAUGUGUGAAGGUUAAACUUAAGUGGAAAAAAUUGUACUACAUCUCCAGAGGAUGCUCUGGAUGGUUAUGCAAUCAGGAGGAAUGCUUAAAAUACUGUAUGUGUCUUCACUCAUGUCUUUGAAAUCUAGUGCUGUGUGGAUAAAAAUACAAUGAGCUAAAUAUACAAAAUGAAUGACUUUCAACAUUCUCAAUGAGCUAUAUUUAUAGUUGUCUUUCAAUAAAUUAUUAGAAAACUGUUCUAAAUCAGCCAUGUCCCCUUUAUCACAAGCAGACUAGGUUGUUGAAAAGAGGGAAACAAAAAUCAGCUUUGAUAUUUCACAUCACUUUUAAGCCAAUUUUAAAUUUACCCAAAGCCAACAUCCCAGCCUACUGUCUUAAAAUGUUUAGGAAAUUCAAAAGUCCAACCAUUCUCUGAACUGGGGAAAUUUAAGGGAGGAUUGCUAAAUUUAGACCUGGCAUGUGUUGUUCUCGGCUUCAUGACAUCCAACGUGUUUGCCGUCUGAGGAAAAAAUGGGCUUCUCAGGCUGCGAUCGGGCUGUGACUACAAAGUAGAGCUGAAUUCAGUACCAAGGACAGCUCCACUGCAGAGUUCCGCUUCUCUGGGAAAUGCUCUUGGCUGUGGUGUGUGUGUGUGUGUGUGUGUGUGUGUGUGUGUGUGGGG